UAUCUACGCGCCAUCUGCUGCCGCCACUGCAUUACCUACACAAACUGCAGAAUGCCAGCAUAAUUACCACCGCAACAAAUUCAUGCAAGCAGCCUCAGAGCAUCCCCGCUCGCUUGCCACCAUGACCCUGCUGCACACAAGCUUAACCCCGCCCCUCUCAUCAUCAGUGACACCUACCAACCCCCCCAUAACCGCAACGCCCCACCCAUCAACAGACAUGGACAACGACACCCUACGCACCCUGGCCAACGAUGUGCACCGGGACACCCUUGCCGCGAUUCUCAACUUCCACUUUCAAGUCAAGGACCUUACCAACGCGCAGAAGGCGGCACUGGCGGCCAUGGGCGAGGACACGCGCGACGUGUACUCAAUUUCCUACGAGUCCACGCACGAGAAGCGGCUCCUGGAGGAGGGCGAGUACUGGGAGCUGGAGGUGACGGGCCCCGAGGCGUUCUGCAUCAACAUCACGCCGCUGCCGCGACUGCCGCCGCCCGGCCUGCUGCAACAGCUGGAGAAGGCGCCCUUCUGGACCCUAAACAAGGUCAACGGCAAGCAGAGUCCGAUAGCGCAGCAGCUCCUGGACUCGGCCAUCGUAACCGUACAGGGCCGGUUCCAGAAGAUCCACAAGCUCAUGAGCGACAAGACGGAGGAGCACUGCAAGCAGCAGGGAAUCCAGUACGACGCUACAGCUGUCUCCCGCUUCCUGCUGGCGGAUGCCGACGGCAACGUGGAUGACGCGUGCAAAAUCGCGCCCAACCAGCUCAAGUACUUCUUCUUCACCCGGUCGGACGCGUCAAUGAAGUACCAGCCCCUGUCCUCGCUACUGCCCACCAGCGGCAGCGCCAGCUCCGGCACCGCCGCCUACGCCAUCGGCGACCUGACGGUUGCCCCUGCAGACGACGUCACCCGGAUGGUCAUGACAACGGUGACGCCUUCCGGCCUGUGCAAGCAGCUGGAGCUCCUCACCGGCGACUGCAUCACCAAGAUGGACGGGCCCAACUACGCGCACCCGGAGGCGCCCGUGUACGCCAUGGUGGCGGCCACCACCACGCCGCAGGGAGGCGACGCACUGGCCCGCGUGGAGCAGACACUAAGCCUGGCGGGCCUGCCCGACACGCCGGGCAAGCAGCACCCCCUGCGUGUCGCCCUCGACGUGCUGCAGCUGGAGGCGUGGUACAAGCUGGCCAGCGCGCGCGCACCCUGCGUCAUUACGAAGGCUGGCCCCGCCACGGCCGCGGCAAUGGACAUCGAUGACGAGGAGGAGGGAGACGCGUAAGUCGUCUACCAAGCAACACCAGCGACGCCAUACAUACUCGCGGGACCUGGACCCCUCCGGCUGGGCUCACCCGAUGGAGGACUACACGCUCGCGUGGAGGGUGCUGGGAAGCUGGGCCAGCAAGACACCGGUAUGACGCCAAGGGAAGCUAUGAACAGCAUAUCAAGGGCAAACACUGCACUCUGCCGUGAGCAAGAUAGCACCCAAAGGACGAACGGGUGCACUCAUAGUAUGGAAGGAGACGAUAGAGCCAAUGGAUGGACACGUUUUUGGGCCUACAACACCGUGGCCUAUGUAAGGCAGAGAGAUGUGACGCAACCGGAACUUAGCGUGUUGAGAAGUAGUAAGACGAACAAGAUAGUCAACCCGAGGCCUGCGACUUACGAUGGCCACCUUGCGUUUGAGAAUCCAGACGGACAGGUAGCCGUGAGCCACGCUGGAAUUAAGCUGCGGAGUAAUACGACUUCUGAUGGGCAGACAGGCACCUAUUCACCAGGUAGGUAUUUGCAGGCGGAUAUGCUGCCGAACUCAGAGGCGACCUCAGCUGUAGGUGUUUGGAUAAGAGACGAGGAGAGA